CACCUUGCUCCACUUCAAUUACAUUUAAAAGACACCAUGGCAUUGCUGGCACGCGUCCUGAAGAGCAUGGAGCGCAUCGCGCCCCAGAGUCUGGCUGAGCAAGCUUGGGACAACGUCGGGCUCUUGGUCGAGGCACCCUAUCCAAGGACCAGGACAGCUUCUACGACUCCCCAGCGCGUCUUUCUGACGAUUGAUUUCACCUCGGCCGUCGUGGAUGAGGCUCUGAGCGACCCUUCUGUGGGAGUCAUCAUUGCCUACCAUCCACCUAUUUUCCGUGGGCUCAAGAGACUGCAAUUGAAGGACACGAAGCAGAGGAUGGUACUUCAGUGUGCCGCCAAGGGUGUCAGUGUCUACUCUCCUCACACCUCCUGUGAUAGCUGCGAAGACGGAGUAAACGACUGGCUGCUGAAGGGGUUUGGAGAUGCAGGAUCAACCAGCGUUUACGUUCCUGCUGAGAAUCCGCCUGCAGGCCACGAGAAGGCUGGAAAGGGAAGAUAUAUUACCUUUGACAAGCCCCAACCAGUCCAGCAGGUCAUUGAGCAAAUCAAGGCCCAUCUCGGCAUGAAGCACGUCCGCGCGGCGAUCCACCCGACACACGCGAACAACGAGCGCCUGAUCUCGACUGUGGGCGUUUGGGCCGGAUCCGGCUCGGAGAUGAUGAGUCAUAAAGCAGAUGUCUACCUCACCGGCGAGCUCGGACACCAUGAUGUUCUUGAGGCACUCGAACAAAACAGCACGGUCGUAUUGUGUGAGCAUUCAAAUACCGAGCGCGGAUACCUUAGUGCGGUAUUGAAACCAAAGUUGGAGGAGUUGUUGAGUCAGGAUGGUGGGGAGGGGGUCGAGGUGAUAGUUAGUAGGACGGAUAAGGAUCCGUUAGUUGUUGUUUAAAGAAGCAAGAGUGACUGAUCCUGAAGUAUGAUGCAAGGAGAAAUAAAGACCUUCUGUAAUGUAGGGUCAUGCAUAGCAGUAGGUUUGACAUUCGCCUCCGGACAGGCGCUUAAAGCUGCGCGGUGAACAAAUAAAUUUGUUGAGAAUCAAAG